AUGACGUGGAAAGUAAAUUCGGGUUCCUCGAGUUUGUGGUGGGAUAACUGGACAGGUUGGGGGGCUUUGGCUAUGGUAAUCUCUCACAAUGACAUCAACAAGUUUCAACUUGCUAAAGAUUUGAUUGUUGAUGGUUCUUGGAAUAUUGCUCAUUUACAACUACCAGAAUACCUUGCUAAAACUAUUCUUAGCUUAGCUAUUGGUGAUCAAAAUAAGCCUCACUUCCCAAUAUGGAUGCCUACUACAAAUGGAAAGUUUACUACAUCUUCGAAAAUGCUUAAGAACAAGAACAAGCUCCCUUUUGAUAAUAAUAUUAGCAGAUAUGGCAUUGAAGUUGAUACCAAAUGUUGUUGUUGCACUGAAGCCAAAGAUGAAACUAUUCACCACACAUUCCUUGAUGGAGAAUUGGCUAGAAAAAUGUGGAACUACUUUGGAAUUCCACUUGGAAUUCCUUGGAAGCCAGGUACCAUCAAGACUUUGAUAAUAAAGUGGUGGACCGUAAAGCCUAAGAAUGCUCUAUAUAAAGAUAUGCUCAAAACAAUUCCUAUUAUUAUCUGGUGGAAAAUAUGGAAAGCUAGAUGUGUUAAUAGAUAUGAUAAGACAAAAGUUUCAAAAUCCAGGAGCAUUUACCAGGCAUUUCAUCAUAUAAAAUGGAUAAUCUCUAAGACAAUGUCUACUACUCAAUGGAUUUGGAAGUGGCAAGAUCUUAGCAAAAAAAUUAUAAACAGUUCUCACAAAAUUGAAUGCAUUAUAGUGAGAUGGAUCAAACCUCCUAUGGGAUGGACAAAGCUCAACACUGAUGGCAGACAUAGCAAUAAUGAUUCUAUUGGAGCAGGAGGUAUUAUCAGAGAUAGUAAUGGUCAGAUCAUUAUGUCAUAUGCUAAAAACUUGGCAAAAGGAAGCAGUAACAUUGGGGAAGCAAAAGCUAUAAUUUAUGGUUUACAAUGGUGUACCUCACAAAGUCUUCAAAAUAUUAUUCUGGAAAGUGACUCCCUGAUCAUUAUCAAUAUGGUGAAGGGUAAGAGCAAGAUAGCCUGGCAACUUCAGGAUUCCAUUGAUAUUAUUAAAGAGAUGCUCGAUGAGACAACCAACAUUGUUAUAGAGAAGCGAAUCAAGUUGCGGAUGCAUUGGCCAAAUGGAGCAUAA